AUGACUAUCAUCAUUGAUCAGCCUCAAUUUGGAAUUGAAGUGGAAGAAAACAGGGUUCUUAAUAAUGAAAAGGAGUUGGAGAUUAAUGGAGGAUUUAUAAUGCCCACUGCUAAUACAUUUGGCCACAAUUUUAGAGAUUAUGAAGCUGAAAGUGAGAGGCAAGAAGGGGUGGAAAAUUUCUACAAGACAAAUCACAUCAACCAGACAUGUGACUUUGUGAAGAAUAUGAGAGAAGAGUACAGAAAAAUGGACCGGGUUGAAAUGAGCAUAUGGAAAUGUUGUGAGCUUCUAAACGACGUUAUUGAUGAAAGUGAUCCUGAUUUGGAUGAGCCUCAAAUUGAGCACUUGUUGCAGACUGCCGAAGCCAUUAGGAAGGACUUUCCUAAUGAAGAUUGGCUGCACUUGACUGCCCUCAUCCACGAUCUCGGAAAGGUUCUUCUUCUUCCUAUCUUUGGUGAGCUUCCUCAAUGGGCUGUUGUUGGUGACACUUACCCUGUUGGAUGUGCUUUUGACGAAUCAAUCGUUCACCACGAGUACUUCAAGGAAAAUCCCGAUUACCAGAAUCCUGCUUACAAUACUAAAUAUGGAGUUUAUAAGGAACGUUGUGGACUUGACAAUGUGAUGAUGUCUUGGGGUCACGAUGACUAUAUGUAUUUGGUGGCAAAGGAAAAUAAAUCGACCUUACCUUCAGUCGGCCUUUUUAUAAUCAGAUACCAUUCAUUUUAUGCUUUGCAUCGGUCGGGAGCUUACAAACAUUUGAUGAACGAGGAAGAUGAGGAGAAUCUGAAGUGGGUACAGAUUUUCAACAAGUACGAUUUAUACAGCAAGAGCAAGGUUCGAGUUGAUGUUGAAAAGGUCAAGCCAUAUUAUCUCUCUCUCAUUGAAAAGUAUUUCCCUGCAAAGCUAAGAUGGUGA